AUGAACACUGCACCUUCACCACGAUCACUGAACACCUUAAACCAGCUGCAGCAGCAACAGAACCAAAUCAUGGUUCCAAUUGGUCCACCACCGCCACUGCCACUGAACCUACCUUGUGGACAGCUAUUUGAAGGAAGUAGAGAAGACUACAUCAAGUUUGGUGCUCCCCUUUUUGAAGCAUCAAUUAAAGGAGACUGGAAAGCAGCUAAAGCUAUCUUCCAGAAAAAUCCAGAGAUGGUGCGGUUUGCUAUCACCAAAAAUUUUGAUACCCCACUGCAUAUUGCAGCAUCUGCAAGAGGGACCAUGGCUGUGGAAGAGUUUGUGGAAAAUCUACUGUACAUGAUGGAAAAGAAAGAUAUUGAGUUACAAAAUAAAAGUUACAAUACUGCCUUCAUUUUAGCAGUUACUGCAGGAAAUGUCAGAACAGCAAAAAUGAUGUUGCGUAAAAACAGAGCACUGCUGGAAAUCCCCGGUAACCAUGGAAUGAUGCCACUCUAUGUGGCUGCUUUAUUUGCAAGAGAUUACAUGGUGAGGUAUCUCCAUGCUAACUCCAAUAACAUGUCUAGCGACUUUUGGACAAAUGAGCAUCGGGGUUGGGUUCUCCUAAAAUGUGUUGAAGCUGAUAUCUAUGAUGUUGCUGUAGAAAUACUGAAUAAAUGCACCCAAUUCACCACUGACAAGAGAAUACUCGGAGAUGUACUCUUACUUUUGGCUCAGAAGACUGAUGCAUUCAUAGAAAGGAAACCACAUAUUAUCUCGACAAUCAUAAAGUCAAUAUUCCAUGGGAGGGUAGGUCCUGCACAAAGGGAAAGUGAGUCGUUGCAAUUAUUAAGAACAAUUUGGAAUAAGAUUGCCAUACUACCUAAUGACGAGAUUGAUGAAAUACUCCUAGGGCCACCUGUGGAAAUUGAAGAGGAACACCAUAAGAAGAUAACAUACCCAUCCAGAGUACCCUUUAUUGCUGCAAAAAUGGGUAAUAUAGGAUUUCUAAUCGAGCUUCUUCUGUCAUAUCCAGAUCUAAUGUGGAUGGUAGAUGAUGAAGGGUUAAGUAUAUUUCACAUAGCUGUCAAAUAUCGCCACGAAGCUAUAUAUAAUUUGUUAUAUGAGAUUGGCUCAAUGAAAGAGUUAAUAACCAGUAUUGAAGACAAAAAUGGCAAUAAUAUGUUGCAUAUAGUUGCGAAGAUUGCACAUCCAAAAGUAUAUCAGAAUGUACCAGGAGUUGCUCUACAAAUGCAACGGGAGAUAUUAUGGUUCAAGACAAAGGAAGUAGAACUUAUGAUCCCUCCUGCUUAUAGAGCAAAGAAGAACAGAGUUGGUGAAACACCAUAUGAAAUAUUUACAAAGAACCAUGAUAAGCUACUUGCCGAAAGUGAGAAGUGGAUAAAGGAAACAGCUCCACAAUGUUUGGUGGGUGCGACAAUUAUAGCAACAAUGGUAUUUACAGCUUCUUUUACAGCUCCGGGUGGAUAUGACCAAAACACUGGUAUUCCAAUGUUGCUCCACAAACCAGCAUUCCUUAUUUUUCUGAUCGCAGAUGCCCUUUCAUUAAUAUUCUCUUCAGCCUCGAUCCUCAUGUUGCUAUCUAUGUUCACAAGUCGUUACGCUGAACGUGAUUUCUUGGAAGCACUACCCAAAAAAUUGAUGAUUGGUCUUGCAACACUCUACACCUCUAUCGUGACCAUGAUGAUUGCAUUUAGUGCGAGCUUCUUCGUACUUUAUUACAAUAAGAAUUUGAAAUGGAUACCAAUCAUGGUCGCUGUUUUUGUUGCUGAGCUAAUCGUUCUAUUUGCCCUCAUACAAUUUACUUUUUUGAAGGAUAUCUUCUACUCAACAUAUCGGUCGAGAGCUCUCUUUUAUCCCAAGAAACGUAUGCUUUACCAAUAA